AUGACUUCUACAGUAUCUACAACAAAUAAGAGGACUUUUGACAGCCUCAAUAAUAAUGGUAACGGUAGUGAUAUACUUUCUCUUCCCCAUGACAAUGAAACCUCAAACAGAUCGAAAAGGAGACAUUACAUGGUUGCUCCCAUGACACAAUUUCCGGAUACUAUGGAUACAUCUCAGCAAGAUUCUCAAGGAAAUUUAGUGGAACUUUCACCGGCUGGAUACAUUAAAAAAGUGGUUCUUUGGAAUUUUAUGUGUCAUGAACAUUUUGAAUUGGAAUUAGGUCCUCGACUAAAUUUUAUCGUAGGUAAUAAUGGUAGUGGUAAAAGUGCUAUUCUUACUGCUAUUACCGUUGGAUUAGGAGCAAGAGCCAUGGAUACAAACAGAGGGAAUUCUCUGAAAGACCUUAUAAGAGAAGGUUGCCACUCUACCAAAAUACGAUUGCAUUUAGAUAACUUAAAUCACGGCGCAUAUUACCAAGGAACUUUUGGUAAUGAAAUUAUUAUAGAAAGAGUUAUUAAAAAUGAUGGUACUUCGAGUUUUAGUUUAAAAUCGGAAACCGGUAAAGAGGUCAGUAAUAAGAAAAAAGAUGUACAGGCUGCAGUUGAUUUUUUUUCCGUCCCUAUUAGCAACCCCAUGUGUUUUCUUUCUCAAGAUGCUGCCAGAUCAUUUUUAACCGCUAGUACGUCUCAUGACAAGUAUAACCAUUUCAUGAAAGGUACUUUAUUGCAAGAUAUUAAUAACAAUCUCGAGCAAGCUAAGUCUAUUAGCAAAGCUGCCCAAGAAAACAUGGCGCUUCACCUAGAUAACCUGAACAAUCUGAAAGAGGAAUAUGAAGAUGCCAAGAAGUUAAUUAGAGAAUUAAGCGAAACUACCGACUUAAAUCAAAGGAAAAGAAUUUUGCAAGGUAAAUCGCUCUGGUUAGAUGUAGAACAAAAUGAAAGGGCUUGUCAAAGCCUUAAAGAUGAAGUAUCAAUUUAUGAAAAUAAAAUUGAAAAUACAAAGGCUAAAAUGAGAGCUAAGCAAGAAAAAAUUGAUAGAAUUUCCGUGGAUAAAUCAGUAAUUGAAAAAGAGAUAGAGGAUAAACUUUUGUUUGUAGCUGAAAAGGAUAGUGAACAUCAAGAGGCAAGAGAUGUUUUGAGGAAUUUUAGAUCUAGGUAUGAAACUGAGAGGCAAAACCAAGCAGAAGCGGAAUCAAGUAUCCAUCAAUGUGAGCAAAAGAUACAGGCGUUAGAUCAUCAAAUAUCCCGUUUGGAGGAAGAAAUGAGAGGUGAAAUGGGAGGUGAUAAAGAGCAGAUGAGACAAGAAAUAGUCUCCAUGGAAAAGCACCAUGAACAUCUGAAAAAUAUUGUUAAUUCUUUAUCCCUGAAAGUACAAGAUCUACAAAAUGAUGAAAGAAGAAUAGUUCAAGAACGAAACCUCGAAGUGCAAGAUAUAGAAAAUGAUGUUGCCAGAAAAAAAAAUGAACUAAGAGAAAUGUCAAGAGGAAGUACAAAUUUUUUGAAUAAUUUUGAUGAUAGAAUGAUACAUUUAUUGGAAACUAUAAAGAGAAGAGAACAUGAAUUUGAAUCACCACCCGUGGGCCCAAUUGGUUCUCUCAUUACGGUAAAAAAAGGGUUUGAGAAAUGGACCCGUCCAAUUCAAAGAGCUAUAACUUCAACGUUAAGCUCAUUUGUUGUGAGAAGCCACAAGGAUAACCGCUUAUUUCGCGAAAUUGUGAAAUCUUGUCGAAUAAGAGCUAACCUUCCCGUGAUUACAUAUAACCUCACUAGCUUUGAUUAUUCUAAUGGUAAGGCAAAUUGUGAAUACCCAACCAUUGUGGAUGCAUUGGAAUUUGCUAAUAGUGAAAUAGAAUGUUUGGUAGUUGAUCAGAACAGAAUUGAAAAAAUCGUGCUAGUAGAGGAUAGAGAUGAGGCAAGAAGGCUUUUGAGACAACAACCACGUAAUGUAGGAAUGACCCUAGCCCUCAGAGACCAUAGAAGUGGUUACCAAAUAACGGGUAGCUAUAGAUUGGAUACUGUUACUUAUCAUGAUAUUAUUAGGAUGAGGGUUGGAUCAACUUCAGAGGACGGUAUGAGCUAUAUCAGAGAUUUGAUAGAUCAAGGGGCCCAUGAAAUACAGUCAAUUAGGGAUAAUUACGAUACGAAACUAUCUAGAAUACGUUCGGAGAUCUACGCCACUGAUAGAGAGUAUAAAGAGCUCAGGAAGCAGCUGAAGGAUACUAGCACCAAAAUAACAGAACUAAAAAUAAAUGUUGGGAAGGAAGUAGAUACUGGUACCCUAACCUCUAAAAUGAACGAGAAGAAAACCCAGGAGCAGGCUAUUACAGGAUACAAGGCUGCUCUCGAAGGGCUUGGAUUAAAGAUGGAACAACUCAUACAAGAAUCUGGGCCCUUAAAAGAGAGAUUUGAUUCUUCAAAGGCUGCCUUAUUAACAGCACAAUGUGAAUUACAAGAGCUUAGAGAAGAUAUUAACAGCCGGCAUUCAAAGGUGGAUAAAUUGCAUGAUGAUAUCAAACAUUAUGAAGGUAAAAUUAGUUCUCAUCAUGAGAUAAUCGUCAAAACGAAGGAAAAUAUUAAAACAUUAGAGUCUGGAAUAAGGGAUCAGAGGAGGGAAGCACAACAGUUUUGUUCCGAGGAACAGUUAAGAGAUGAUGAUAUUCCUGAUGAUCAGGAGAAAAUCAAGGAUGAGUUAAACAAGAUUACCAGAUUAAUGCGAAAGGCAGAAAGAAGAAUGGGUCUCCCUCAAGAAAAAGUGUUAGAGAUUUAUGAGAAAAGUAGGGAUAAAUAUCGGGACGGACAAGAGAAGUUUCUACAAAUGGAUGGAGCACUUGAGCAAUUGUACAACUCAAUUCAAGUCCGAUUGCAAAAUCUGCAAGCAGCACAGAGGACUACCUGCCUUGAUGCUGACUUAGAUUUUAGGGCUUCCCUAAAAGUAAGAAAUUUUAAUGGUAAUCUAUCUUUCAUCACUCAUUCAAAACGUCUGGAGAUUUUUAUAUUAACGCCCAACGAUGAAAAAGCGAGAAACGUAGAUACUUUAUCAGGUGGUGAGAAAUCUUUCUCACAAAUGGCAUUAUUACUUGCAACUUGGAAGCCCAUGCGUUCAAGAAUUAUUGCCUUGGAUGAAUUCGAUGUCUUCAUGGAUCAAGUUAAUAGGCAGAUUGGUACCAAAUUAAUUUUGAACAAGCUCAAAGAUAUCGCUAGGACACAAACGAUAAUUAUUACUCCUCAAGAUAUUGGUAAAAUAGCCGAUAUUAACAGUGAUGGUGUCCAUGUGCACAGGAUGAAAGAUCCUCAGAGGCAGAACAACUCAAACUUUUACGACAAUUCUUAA